GAGCUGUAUUGCUGUAGAGUGUCUGACAGAAGACAAGGAGGAGACUUGUACAGGGAGUGGGACACACAGGGCACUGCGAGGGAUCUGCUUCCUGGAUAGAAGAAAAGCACCACCUGCCUUCCUUUGUCACCCUGGAGGAGAUCGGGCUGGAAUGUGUGGCCUCACCCUGUAGAGAGGACGCGGCUGGAUGGUGCAGGAACCGUACUAGUUAUGAACUCCAGGCUGCGUGCUUUGGGUGGAAGGAUAAACAAUAUUCGGGUCACAGAACUUCCAAAGGAGAAAAAUAGAUCUGAGGUAGUUUGUAAUGUCCGCUUCUUGGAUGGCUCUCACCAGUGCUUCAAAGCCAAUAAACAAGACACGGGUCAAGCUUUGCUGGACAUGGUUUUCAAUCACUUAAGUUUAAAAGAGAGAGAAUAUUUUGGCUUACAGCACAAUGAAGAUUCUUUAGAUUCACAAAAAUGGUUGGAACCCAACAAACCAAUUCGAAAACAGCUAAAAGGAGGAUUUCCUUGCUUUCUCUUCUUCAGAGUACGAUUUUUUAUUCCAGACCCCAACACGCUACAGCAGGAUCAAACCAGACACUUAUAUUUCCUGCAAAUUAAAAGUGACAUUUUAGAGGGAAGGUUACCAUGUCCACUAAACUCGGCUGUUGUUCUCGCGUCAUAUGCUGUACAAUCUGAAUUUGGAGACUAUAUUUCUUCAGUGCAUCUUCCAGGAUACCUAUCAAAUAAAAGCUUUAUUCCAGGUCAAGACAAUGACUUUAUAAGCAAAGUGGAAUCCCUCCACAAUCAGCACAGCGGUCUUGGACAAACUGAAGCAGAGUCGUGCUACAUUAACAUUGCAAGAACGCUUGAAUUCUACGGAGUUGAAAUGCACAGUGGUAGAGAUCUUCAUAACUUAGACUUGUUAAUUGGUAUUGCUUCAGGAGGCAUAGCUAUAUAUAGAAAGCAAAUUUGCACCAGUUUCUAUCCAUGGGUAAACAUUAUCAAAAUAUCUUUUAAAAGGAAAAAGUUUUUCUUACAACAACGUCAAAAGCACAAUGAAUGUAGAGACCAAAUGAUUGCUUUCAAUAUGCUGAAUUAUCGCGCAUGUAAAAACCUUUGGAAAUCCUGUGUGGAACAUCACACAUUUUUUCAGACGAGGCGAUCACUACCUCAUGAAAAGAAGCUGGUACCUAAUUACUGGACAUUGGGUACAAUUAACCAUGCCAAGUCUGCCAGCAGCCAGCUUUGCAGAAAAGUGAUUGGUGGCAUGGUAUGGAAUGCAGAUUUGAGAAGAUCUGUGUCUGUGGAAAACCUUGAGACCAAAAGUCUUCCUUCUCGCUCUCCUCCAGUUACUCCAAACUGGCGGAGCCCUAGGAUGCGCCAUGUGAUUAGGAAGCCGCACCAUUCUUCUGCUGACAACCUUGUCAAUGAAAUGACCUAUGUAACGGAAACAGAAGAUGUAUUUUACACAUACAAAGGCUCACCAACAUCAAAGGACAGUGACUCAGAGUUCUUUCAGAACCGCAGUCCACAAAGCAGGUCAUCUGAUCAAGACUCUCCAAAGACCAUACUAGAACACAGUCCAAAGGAAAACAGUCUGAACCAGCAAAGUUUAUGUCCUAGCUCUUCCAGUGAACUGUCAAAUCAUUCCUCAUCAUCUCAUCCACUAGAAGGAGUGGAUAAGAAGUUCCUAGAAACCUAUGAUGUUGUCAAGAAAGGAAAUUCAACAGAUGAUUCCAGUCAGUACUACUGUGAUAAGAAUGAGUUUGCCAAUGGCGAUUUACUCUUGGUCCGUAUCACACCAGAUGAGGAGGGCAAAUUUGGAUUUAACUUGAAGGGUGGUAUUGACCAGAAAAUGCAGCUUGUGGUUUCCAGAAUUACCCCAGGAUCACCAGCAGACAAGUGCACUCCCAAGCUUAUUGAAGGAGAUCAGAUUGUUCUGAUUAAUGGUCGUGACAUCUCAGAGCAUACGCACGAUCAGGUGGUUAUGUUUAUUAAAGCCAGCCGAGAAUCCCACACAAGAGAGCUUGCCCUGUUAAUUCGACGAAAAGUUGUGAGACCUUUUGGUGAAAUGAAAUCAGAAGAUGAGGCAGAUCCGCAGUUUCUUUCACCAAUAAUUCUACCUUCUGAAUACUGUGACACACUGCAGGGGUCAAUGGAGCAGCUCGCUAAAGGCCUGGAAACUGGAGUUGUACUUAUUCAGUUUGAGCAAUUAUAUCGAAAGAAACCUGGGCUUGCUAUUACAUGUGCGAAAACUGGCCAAAAUAUGGAUAAAAACCGAUAUAAAGAUGUUUUACCAUAUGAUGUUACCAGAGUGCUCUUACAGGAAAUUGAAGACUACAUCAAUGCUAGCUAUGUGAAUAUGGAGAUCCCAUCAACUAAUAUUGUAAACAAGUACAUUGCUACUCAAGGACCCCUUCCACAUACAUGUGCACAUUUCUGGCAGAUGGUUUGGGACAACAGAUUAUCUCUUGUCAUCAUGUUAACAACAUUAACUGAACGAGGAAGGACGAAAUGUCAUCAGUACUGGCCUGAUCCCCCUGAGUUAAUGGAAUAUGGGAAAUUUAGGGUGAAAUGUAACUCGGAAGACUGUACAAUUGCUUAUGUAUUCAGGGAAAUGAUGAUAACAAACACUGAGACAGGAGAGGAGCUGCAAGUUUCUCAUUUGCAGUACGUUGCUUGGCCUGAUCAUGGUGUGCCUGAUGAGUCAUCUGAUUUUCUGGAAUUUGUUAAUUGUGUAAGGCAAAAAAGAAUAGAAAAUCAAGCAAUUCUUGUCCAUUGCAGUGCUGGUAUAGGACGUACUGGUGUUCUGAUUACCAUGGAAACGGCAAUGGGUCUGAUUGAACAAAACCAACCUGUGUAUCCUUUGGAUAUUGUGAGGCAGAUGAGAGACCAGCGGUCUAUGAUGGUUCAGACAUCGAGUCAAUACAAGUUUGUUUGUGAAGCCAUUCUCCGUGUUUACAAAGACGGAUUAGUGCGACCGUUGCAUUGCAGUUGAUGUAAUUUAUCUCCCACUUAAAGGACGUCCACAAAGUACAGGAACAUGUCUGAAAGAUUAGCACAUUAGUGGCACUUUAAACCUCUGUAAAUAUUUUUUAAUUUAUGUACAUACAGAAUGUGUAUAUAAUAUAUGUCAUGUUAUUUGUCCAGAGGUGUAUACAAUUAUUGUAGAGAAAUUUGUAUAAUCACAUGAAUACUAGAUAAUACCUUAUUUUGCCUUAUUAUAAUGUUCGUGAUGGGAAUAUACCAUCCUACUUGGGUCUGUUCAACCACUAUUGAGAAUAGCCACUGUAUUUUUGAAGAUAUCCUCAAAUGAAAAAUGGAGUAACAUUAUAUUCUGUACAUGUUAAUGGUUCGAAUAGUGCCAAAAAAUCUAGCUUUGUAGGAAUCUUGCAAUAAGUUUCACUCUUUGUAUUUAAGUUUUUGGAAGUUGUGUUUUGAUAAAUACUAUAAUUGUAUUUGUAUAGAAACAAUUUAUGGUACAAACUAUUCAUCAAAUAUGGUUACAUUUCUGCUUUUUGCUA